GACUAGCAUAUUGGUUCAGCAAACAGAGUCAAGAGGGCAAAGAACAUACAAAAGAAGAACAGAUAAAAGUGCCUUGAAAAUUACAUCGGAGUGAAAGAAAUCAUUCACUGAUAUAUCGUGUGUUGCUUUUGACUGGAGUACAAAAGGAGAAGAAAAAAUAUCCUGUUUGUCGAUUUGAGAUUAACGAACUGGUUCUAAAUAAAGAGCUCACAGUACGUGCAACUGCACGCGAUCAGCAUUUUGGAUCAAGAGGAAUCGAAGUAUUAUACUUCCAGCGUGUUGAUGUAUUUUUAUACUCCAUAAAUAAAACUUCGUCGAUCAAGGAGGGCCAGAGAUUUCGCAAUUUGAGAACUUGGAUCAUAAAUUAAUGCCCUAUGAAUUGGACAAAUGAAAACAGUAAUUGAUUGUUUAGAAUAACACAACCAUGUUCAUGUUGUACAACGAGGUCAUCUAACCGCAAAUAAUCUUCUCAAAUCGUUCGAAAGUUUUUUGUUGUGGUUUUGGAAUAAGGAGCGAAGCACUUCGUCACUUCCAAAGCAAGAUUGGACUCAAAUCAAUCGAGUUUUAGUUUGCCUUCAUAUAUUUGCAGAUUCAGGUGUACACCUCACCCAUUAUGACGUCACAUGUAUCUCCUCCGUUCAACCUGUCCUUCACUGAAGCGUCCUUCUUUGGGCUGAGCAACCUCGGUGUGUCACAAUGCCUGCUCGACCACGGAUCCGUCGUCCUCUCCGACAUGCAGGCGAUAGGUGGGACGUCGUCCAGUGCCAUCAUCGCUGCUGUCAUUUUAACGGCUCCUGAAAAGUUGCAGGAUUUACUCUGUGGCCUAUACAGUAUCGUCGACGAUAUUUCGUCUCUCCCAUACGGUGCCAUCACACCAGGCUUUGAUUUAAUUGGUCGUCUGCGCGCGCUCCUUACCCAGCUUCUACCAAUGAACGCACACGAAUUAGCAUCUCAUAAAUUAUUCAUCCAGGCCACCGAGCUGCGAUUGGUCGAUAAGUACGACCCGCUGACCGUUCAUGACGUCGAUCAAGGGACGAGCUCGUGCGUGAGAACCAAGGGACCGAAAGUAUUUGAGGUUGGUGAUCGGGUUUGGAGCUUAGGGUCCGAGGUUCAGAUCUCAAGUUAUAGUACCAGAGAAGAGCUCAUUGAAGUUAUCCUUGGGAGUGUCUUCGUUCCUUGGUUCACAACGUGGACACCGCCCUCUAUAGACGGCAAGUUCCUUGGUGACGUCACCCUGUCCCGGAAGGAGAACCUCUCUACCGACGUGACCUUUCAAUUCCCAUCAGGCAAUCUGAUCAAGAUCUCGCCAAAUCCGAAAAACCGCCUCCGGAUGCGGGACAAGAUCGCUUGCGGUUGGGUGGACACAACCGGUCAGCGGUUCGACAUCAGCGCGCUGCAGAUGUACCGGAUUGGGGAUGGGCUUUUCCCGCCCCCAAAGGCCUAUCUUGAGACCUAUUUUGCGGACGGGUACGAAGAUGCGACUAGGUUUUUGAAGUUGUAUCAUAUUUACGAGGAGAACGGGAAAGGUUAUAAACCUCAUCGGGACUCGUAUGCUGCUAUUCAUUCGGUUGAGGAUCUUCGGUGAGGACAAAUCACCAUGGAUACAACAACCAUCGAAUCGUCAGGGUUUGGAUUUCCGGUUAUAGUCAGAUCCGGGUGUCACGAGCUUUCAUGGAAUAAUUUUCUGAUACCAGACUUUAGGAAAAGCUUCGGAAAUGCCUAUAAAAGAGAUAUAUAUUGGCCCGUCAUUGGGGAAAAUGAAAUAGGUUUACCAUCGAGAAAUUAGGCCUAUAUAAUCCUCAUUACCAGGUCCCUCGAUCGCCGGUAGACCUUAAGCCGUCGGUCCUCUGAUUACUUGCUUACAAGCAUUAUGCUAAUUUCUUGGCAAUCAGGUAAAACAUCACUAACCACCAAUUAUUGGGCGAAAGCUCUGCUCCUUCUGGCAACUGUCAUGCAUGGUGGAAAAAGCAUUUACCAUAAGGCAAUUUCCUGUAGCAUAUGUCGUCUGCUGGUCGUAAAUCUCGUUCUACUCUGUCAGAUUUGAAAUUAGGAGAUGAUAUUCGAGCAAUAAGAUAAUAAAGUAUAAUUUUUACGAAUUAAGUAUGCUGGUUAUUGUGAAUCUAAAUUUAAAAAAAUCCCCUAUAAGACCAUUUCUACAAUGAAAAUUAAUUUGUUUUUACUGUACACUUUCCGACACUUUGUAAAGUCGAUCCCCCCUUCCUUUAAUGUAUGCCAUGUUUUGUGCAAAUAAAAACAUAAUUUUUAUGAUAA